CCGGCCCCUGGAUUCACCUCAGCCUCAUCAGCGUGAGGACACUGAGAGCCACUCUGAGGUUGUUGUUAUGGCAGAGAAGUUGUGUGACAUGGGCUCUGUUAAUAUUGCCAUGGAAGACAGUCUGUGUAAUGGAGGCACACAGUCACAGCCACAGGAGGCUCCACUACUGACCCAUCUGAAGAAGGUGGAGAACCACAUCACUGAAGCGCAGCGCUUCUCUCACCUCCCCAAACGCUCUGCAGUGGACCUGGAAUUUUCUGACCUGUCCUACACUAUCAGCGAGGGACCCUGCUGGAAGAAACAAGGCUAUAAGGCCCUACUCAAGUGUCUUUCUGGGAAGUUCUGCAGCCGGGAGCUUAUUGGGAUCAUGGGACCCUCAGGAGCUGGCAAGUCCACACUGAUGAACAUCCUGGCUGGUUACAGGGAAACAGGAAUGACAGGGCAGAUCCUGGUCAAUGGCAGGCCCAGAGAUCUCCGCACCUUCCGCAAAAUGUCAUGUUAUAUCAUGCAAGAAGACAAGCUGCUGCCCCACCUCACAGCUCAGGAGGCCAUGAUGGUGUCUGCCAACCUGAAGCUCAAUGAAAGUAUCGAGGUGAAAAAAGAACUGGUGAAAGAAAUUCUUACAGCCCUGGGGCUCCAUGCGUGCGCCCACACUCGCACUAUCUCGCUCUCUGGAGGACAGUGUAAGAGGCUGGCCAUUGCCCUCGAGCUGGUGAACAACCCUCCAGUCAUGUUCUUUGAUGAGCCUACCAGUGGUCUGGACAGUGCCUCAAGUUUUCAAGUCGUCUCAUUAAUGAAGUCUCUGGCCCAGGGCGGACGCACCAUCAUCUGCACCAUUCACCAGCCCAGUGCCAAACUGUUUGAGAUGUUUGAUAAGCUGUACAUUUUGAGCCAGGGACAGUGCAUAUACAAAGGCACUGUGCCAUACCUCAUCCCUUAUUUGAGAAACCUAGGACUGCACUGCCCUACAUACCACAACCCUGCAGACUUCAUCAUCGAGGUGGCGUCAGGAGAGUAUGGGGACUUAAACCCAGUUCUAUUUGAAGCUGUCCAAGGUGGAAUGUGCGUUCUAGAGGAGAAGAAGAAUUGCUGCGGCAAAAAGGACACCUCAAGCCCCUGUCCUGCAAAUUGUCCCCAAGACUCUGCAAUUGUUGAGAGCCAUACAUUUGCAACAAGCAGUUUGACUCAGUUCUACAUCCUCUUCAAAAGAACAUUCAUAACAAUAUGCAGAGACCAGGUUUUGACACACUUGCGGCUAAUGUCCCAUAUCAGCAUUGGAGUGUUGAUAGGCCUGCUUUACCUCAACAUUGGCAACGACGCCAGCAAAGUGUUCAACAACACCGGAUUCCUAUUCUUCUCCAUGCUCUUCCUCAUGUUCGGAGCCCUCAUGCCUACAGUGCUCACAUUUCCUCUGGAGAUGGCUGUCUUUCUGAGGGAACAUUUGAACUACUGGUACAGUCUGAAGGCCUACUAUCUGGCCAAGACAAUGGCCGACAUUCCGUUCCAGGUCAUCUGUCCUCUUAUGUACUGUAGCAUUGUGUACUGGAUGACUGAGCAGCCUCCAGAGGCGAGUCGCUACUUACUCUUUCUGGCCUUGUCCAUCUGCACUGCCCUGGUAGCGCAGUCUCUGGGACUCCUCGUUGGUGCUGCUUCUACCUCUCUUCAGGUGGCCACAUUUGUUGGUCCCGUCACAGCCAUCCCAGUCCUCCUCUUCUCCGGCUUCUUUGUCAACUUUGACACCAUUCCGAAGUACCUGCAAUGGAGUUCUUAUGUCUCCUACGUUAGAUAUGGCUUUGAGGGUGUCAUUCUGUCCAUUUACGGGAUGAACCGUACAGAAUUAGAAUGUCCAGGAAAGGUCUGCAAGUUCCAGAAGCCUGAGGAAGUUCUGCAGUUGCUGGAUGUAGAGGACGCCAAGCUCUACAUGGACUUCAUCAUUCUGGCCAUUUUCUUCCUCGUGUUCAGGCUGGCUACAUACCUGGUUCUGCGGUACAAAGUCAAGAUUGAGCGAUAGUAUUUAUUUAAGGUCAUUCCUCUCUUCCGUGCCAAGACCCUGAAUGGUUUCCAUGUCCUGUGACGUAUCUCCAAACUGUAGUAUAAGAUCAGUUCAGAGAGUGCCUGCUCAGGAAAUUCACGAUCAUUAUGGUAUAUGUUAUAUUGCGGUAUGUUGCACCUCAGUAGUUCUCAUUUCAUCAUAGUACAGUGACUGUAUUGCUCUCUUUAUACACCUUGUCUUUGUGUACAAAGUUCAUGGCAACAAUCAAAAGCUUGAAAACCUUGGAGGGACGAUUCCUGAGGAAUGAAGUCAAUGAGAACGUCACACAAAAGGGCGUUUACAGUGGCCUACAUAUACUCCUGCAAAGACUGCUGUUACAGUGUAACUAAAGGAGGGUUAAAAAUAGAAGACUGUGGAUGACCCACACAGUGCCGGUGUUUCCAUGACAUAUCAUGUUCCUGUAGACAUUUUUCCAGUCUCUUGUCCUUCUUAAUCUUAGCUUCUUUAAGUUAUCACUUAGAUAUAGGUUUGACUUGAAGGUGCAUGUUUUUAUAACUCUGUGCCUCUUUGAAACCAAAGUAUGAUUUACAAAAUGUUUUAUUCAACAUGUUUUUGUACAAGGUUCGUAUUCAUAUGGCUGUUCAGUUUGACCUCUGCUGAAUCACCUUUUUGUUUCCAAAACGUGUUUAAACGUGCAGUUAUAUC